AUGUCCGAAAAGAUACAGACGAUACACGACACCAGCAGCGCCGUCGGCAGCGGCCGCCAUGACCCCAUCGACCUGGAAAAGCCGUCGUCGUCGUCGUCGGAUGGCGCCGACGGCGUCGGCAGCCCCAAACUCGACCCACAUGGCCUGCCGCUGCAGCCGCAGCCGUCGGAUUUCCGAGACGACCCGCUCAACUGGCCGCGGUGGAUGAAGUGGAUGGUGCUGCUGCAGGUCAGCUUCAUGGCGCUGCUGGGGCCGUUCAACGCGGCCGUGCCCAACCCGAGCCUGGCCCUGCUGUCCAAGGCCUUUGCGCGGCCCGUCGAGGUCGUCACGUACAGCACGACGACGGCCAUCAUCACGGGCGGGCUGUCGCCGUUUGUGUGGGUGCCGCUGUCCAACGUGCUGGGGCGGCGGCCGCUGUGUCUGGCGACGCAGCUGGUGACGAUUGCGACGCACAUUGCGACGGCGCGCACGACGACGUUUGCGCAGCUCGUGGGCGUGCGCGCGGUCAACGGCAUCGGCUUUGGCGGCAUGAUGGCGCUGGGCACGCCGGUGCUCAACGACAUGUUCUGCAUGCACGAGCGCGGCGCCAUGACGGGCGUCUACACCAUCUUUGUGACCAACGGCGCGCACAUUGCCGUGCUGACGGGCGGCUUCCUGGGGCAGUACGCCGGCUGGCGCUGGGACUUUUACAUGCCGGCCAUCGUCACGGGCGUCUCGUUCCUCGUGGCGCUCGUGUGCCUGCCCGAGACGCUGUUCUCGCGCGGCCCGCAGGUUUUGCAGCAGCGCACGCGCGAGCGCGCGUACUGGGCGAUGCUGUUUGACCUCCGGGGCAACCUGAUCCCGCAGCGGCGGCUGCGCGGCGAGGACUUUGCGACGUCCUUGUACAUGCUCCGCUACCCGUCGGUGGCCCUGCCGUUCUGGUUCUACACGCUGAGCUGGACGUUCAUCAACAUCCUGCCGGCCAUCAGCAUGGCCAAGAUCUACGGCGCCAAGUACGGCUUUGCGAGCGGCACGAUUGGCCUCUGCACGGGCAUCCCGCUGAUUGUGGGCUGCGUCGUCGGCGAGAUCUCGGGCGGCAAGCUCUCGGACGUCAUCGUCUACCGCCUCGCCAAGAAGAACGGCGGCCGCGCCACACCCGAGCACCGCCUGUACCUCACCUGCAUCUCGGCGGUCCUCGGCCCCGUGGGCAUGAUUGUGUUUGGCGCCUGCCUGCAGCACAACUACCACUACGUCGUGCCCCUCGUCGGCCUGGCCAUUGGCGUGUGCGGCCUGCAGAUCACGUCCACGUGCCUCUACGCCUACCUGUCCGACUGCUACCGCCCGCAGACGCCCGAGUCGGCCGUGCUCAUGAACCUGGGCCGGGGGCUCUCGUUUGUCGUCGGCUUCUGGUGGUCGCCCAUGGUCGCCAAGAUCGGCUAUGCGUGGACGUGGUCGUCGCAGGCGCUGAUUCUGCUGGUGUUUUGGCUGCCGAUCCUGGCGCUGAUGAUCAAGGGUGAGGGCUGGCGGAAGCGGCUGGGCGAGCCGUCGUUCCACCAGUACUCGUAG